UUUAGGGUUUACCUACACUUGACUGACUCACUUGUGAUUCGUUUCAAUGGAAUUCCAUACCGAUUCCUUGGGCGUCACCCGACCUCCCUCAAAAAGGAGUGAUUUCUGUAAAUGGUAUUGUGCUUUGAAUUCCAAACAACUUAAAGCUCUUAAAAUGAGUGAUUUCUCUAUGUAUGACGAUGAUCCUAAGCCUUUCAUGUUUAUGGGCCGAGACUUUGUGUAUAAGAAUAAGGCUCAGAUUAAACUAGAUGAGGAAAUUAAAGUCGCCAUGGAUGACUACAGAGAACGCUCUCGCAACCUAAGUAAUUUCGAUGCCAUCAGCCGCCCAAAAAUUUCAGAUAGAUGUGGCGGUGGUCCAGGACCCCUUCCUAUAACCGAAGAUGUUCGUCUUCGUCUCACUCCCCUCUGCAAGUUUGCUUUAGACAAAUACAAUGCUGACAAGGAUACACAUUUUGUGUUUGCCAACAUUGUCAAGAGCACUUGGUGCCCUGGUGCUAUGUAUUACAUUACCUUUCUAGCACAAGAUUCUUCCAACAACAACAACACCUCUCUUACAACUUUUCAGGCCCAAGUCUCCAAUCUGAGGCCCGCGCCUAAGCUCUACUCGUGUGCCAUUAAAACCUAACACACUCACCUCACCUCACCAUGGAAAUGAUGUAUACUGCAUCUACCUGCCGUGAGAAUGUGUUCCGGUGAAAACAAGCCUUUUUCAGACUUCUGAUUAUAGUUUUAGACCCGUGCCAUGCAAUGCAAGGGUUUUCAUCACUUCAUAUAUAAAUCGAACAUUUAUUAAGCAAAAUAGACUACUGUGAAAACACAUAUCAAAGAAAAGCAAAGUUGAAAUAUUUUGGGAUUUUAACUUGUACGAACUUCUGAUUGUAGUUUUAGACCCUUUGCACGGUUUUAUAGUGAGGAAAUUCAUUUUCUAUUAUCAUUAUGAAAAACUUGUAUUUAGAAUCA